AUGCUGUUUGACGACCUCACGCAGUCCGCGGCCGUGCGCGGCCACAAGCGGCCGGCGGCGACGAGCAGCUUCAGCGGCAGCUUCACGCUGGUGCAGCGCAUCCAGGCGGCCGGCGGGCUGCUGCGCACCAACAUCCCCAUGAAAAGCACCAUCCUGCGGAUCGCGCUCGCAAACAAGAAGCAGGUGCUGAUCCCCGACGUCCAGAAGCUGAUCAACCAGCUGGGCGCGGUAAACACCGACCUCUUCGCCAGCCGCCACGUGCGGCCCCCCACCAGUGUGCUGCUGCUGCCGCUGCGCGCGAGCGGCGCCGGGAUCUACGGCGCGCUCUACUGCCUCAGCGACGUGCAGACCGAGUUCUCGGAAGUUUCCGGGUACCUGAAGGAGGUGGCUGAUCUGGUGGGCGGCGGCCUCAUGCGCUGCUUGCUGGGGGAGCUCAAGCAGGAGUACGAGGACGGCGGGCGGCGGCCCGGGGCGGCGGUCGCUGCGUUCAAGCUUGGGGCGGGGGACUCGGCUCGCCGGCGGCACCUGGCGCGGCUCCGCACCCUUUGCUGGAGCGCACACUACCUGGACGCUCGCGUACCGCAGGCGGUGCAGCAGCUGUCAGAGGACGGGCUGAUGUCGCCGGACCGGACCGAGGGCUCGCACAGCGGCCCCCUUGGCUCCGGCACGCAGGGCGGCGGCGCCAGCAGCGGCGGCGCCGCGCCCGGCGGCGGCGGCUCCUCGCCGUCGCAGGCGGGCCAGGCGGGCGCACAGGGCCCCACAGGCGGCAACGGCGCGGCGGGGACGCCGGUGCAUAGCGGCAGCGGGUUUGUGCCGGCCGGGGCGCCGCGGGCGCUGGCUGGGCACAGGAGCGAGGUUUUUGAGCUGGGCAGCACGGUCAGCACCAUGGGCGGCAGCUUGAUCUCCACGGGCGGCAGCUUCUCGGGAGGCGUGGCCAACGGGCGCAGCUUCACGGCGCGCCAGAUGGCCAGCAGUACAGGGGCCCUGGUGACGGGCCUAACGGAGAAGCUGAACCAGCGGCGGCUGGAGGCGGCGAUGCAGGACACAGAGGGCGGCAACCUGCGGGACCUCCAGCUCACCGCCCAGAUCGGCGAGGGCGGCUUUGCGCGGGUGUUCCGCGGCCUGUGGCGCGGCCAGGUCGUGGCCGUCAAGGUGGUCGCGUCGGGGGAGCCCGGCAACGAGCGCAGCGUGAUGAAGAACGCGCAUGAGAUAGCCAUCCUGUCGGCCCUCAGCCACCCAAACAUCCUGCAGGCCUACACCUGCCUGACCGACGUGCUCGUGAGGGACGUCCUCGCCACCUGCAUCCGCCUGCCCAACCAGCAGUCGCGCGCCGAGCUGGCCGGCUGCCUCACGGCGGGCGGCGCCAACGGCUGCGGGCCGUCGGAGGACGCCGGGUGCCACAUAGAGGUGCGCGGCGCGCCCCAGGGUGGGGUGCGGUGGCGGUGA